UGUAGGCGUGCUGCUCUAUUUAUUUAGCGACAGAGACACGCCCUCGAGAGGUGCCCUUUAAGCCUCCCUCUGCCCGUGCCUCUCUCUCCCCGUGCCCCUCUCUCCCCCCCUGUGCCUCUCUCUCUCGCCGUGCCUCUCUGCUGCAGCAGCAGAGCGCCCGGGCAUCACGGCCAAAGGCAGUGAUCACGGCUGGACCCUGGGGAACAGCGAGCCCCGAGUGAAUAUUUCCAUCCCUUUCACGAUUGUUCUCUGAGCGCCGGGGACAAUGGCUGAAGCGACCGUUAAGAGCAUCUCCUACCACCUGCACAACGGGGAGCUGCUGCCCAGGGAGCGCAAGCUGGAGGACUUCUUCGAACUCAAGGAGGAGAUCAGCAGGGGGCUACUGGGGACGCUGUUCCGCGCCGUCGAGAAGGCGUCCGGCCGCGCCGCUCACGCGCGCUUCGUGAACGCGCAGCGACACAGCCACCGCGCCGAGUGCCUCAACGAGGCGGAGCUGCUGUACGGAGCGAGCCACCCCAACGUGCUGCAGCUGCUCGACGUCUACCACCUGCUCGACACCAAGCAGAUGGUGCUCGUCACGGAGCCCGUGGAUGGGGGGCCGCUGUUUGAGCGGCUCAGCGGCAAGGGCUACGCGCUGACAGAGCGCAAGGUGUCCGGCUUCGUCAAGCAGCUGUGCCUGGCCCUGCAGCACCUGCACAGCCUCAACGUGCUACACCUGGACGUCAAGCCCGAGUGCCUGUGGCUGGCGAGCCGUGACUCCGAGCAGCUGAAGCUGAUGCAGUUCGGUUGCGCCCAGCGCUACACGGACAACCUGAAGGUGUCGCAGAGUGCCGCGGAGUUCGCCGCGCCCGAGAUGCUCACCAACGAGGCCAUCGCGUGCAGCACCGACAUGUGGGGCGUGGGGCUCCUCGCCUACGUCAUGCUCAGCGGCGUGUCGCCCUUCUGGGCCGCGUCAGAUGACGUGACGGUGAAGAAGGUGGUGGCGGCAACCUACAGCUUCCCCGAGGAAGGGUUCAAGGCCGUGUCGCAGCCCGCGCGAGAAUUCAUCUCCAAGCUGCUGGUCAAGGCACCACCCAAGCGGCUGGGAGCGGAGGAUGCCUUGAAGCACCCGUGGCUGGCGAACCCCGCGGGAGACGCUAAACUCUCAACGGAGCGGCUCCACGCCUUCUGGGAGCGCAGGAAGGCCCAGAAGACCACGAGGGGCACGCACAGCGUGAGCAAGACGUCGCACGACGUGACCACGAUGGCCGUGGUGAGUGUCUCCUACCACCUGCACAAUGGCGAGCUGCUGCCCAGGGAACGCAAGCUGGAGGACUUCUUCGAGCUCAAGGAAGAGAUCAGCAGGGGGCUACUGGGGACGCUGUUCCGCGCCGUCGAGAAGGCGUCCGGCCGCGCCGCUCACGCGCGCUUCGUGAACGCGCAGCGACACAGCCACCGCGCCGAGUACCUCAACGAGGCCCAGCUGCUGUACGGGGCGAGCCACCCCAACGUGCUGCAGCUGCUCGACGUCUACCACCUGCUCGACACCAAGCAGAUGGUGCUCGUCACGGAGCCCGUGGAGGGAGGGGAACUGUUUGAGCGCCUCAGCGGCAAGGGCUUCGCGUUGACGGAGCGCAAGGUGUCGGGCAUCCUGAAACAGCUGUGCCUGGCGCUGCAGCACCUGCACAGCCUCAACGUGCUGCACCUGGACGUCAAGCCCGAGUGCCUGUGGCUGGCGAGCCGAGAAUCGGACGAGCUGAAGGUGGCGGGCCUCGGCUGCGCCCUGCGCUACCAGGACAACCUCAAGGCACCCCAUCAGAUCCCCGUGCCAGAAUUCGCCGCGCCCGAGGUCGUGGCCAACGAGGUUGUGACGUUCAACACGGACGCGUGGCCCGUGGGGCUGCUUGCCUGCGUCAUGCUCAGCGGCGUGUCGCCCUUCUGGGACCAGUGGGACAGUGAGACGGUGAAGAAGGUGGUGGCGGCAACCUACAGCCUCCCUGAGGAAGAGUUCAAGGCCGUGUCGCGGCCCGCGCGAGAAUUCAUCUCCAAGCUGCUGGUCAAGGCACCACCCAAGCGGCUCGGGGUGGCAGACGCCCUGAAGCACCCGUGGCUGGCGAACCCCGCGGGAGACGCUAAACUCCCCACGGAGCGGCUCCACGCCUUCUGGGAGCGCAGGAAGGAGCAGAUGAAAUCUGCAGUCACAAGCACGAGCUUGGCAUCGCAUGGGAGCGCCAGCCAGAAGAAUGACAAGAAAUCCGCAGCUAAGAAAUAGAUGGAGUGCAGGUGCCCCCUCCUCCCACCCAACCCAUGACGCCACCCCCUGACAAAGCUUCAGAUGGAGUGGCGGGCUGCCAUUCCUGUCGCUCAUCCCAAUGCCGCGGAACACCAUGGCCGCCGCUGUCCCGAUUUACCUUCACACAUCUUCAUGAAGCGAUAUCACGUGUGUGUACAAACAAUGCCACGUGAGUAGCAGCAAUACCACGUGUGUAGCAAUACCACGUGGGUGGCAGCAAUACCAUGUGUGUGUACAAACAAUGCCACGUGCGUAACAGCAAUACCACGUGUGUAGCAAUGCCACGUGCGUGGCAGCAAUAUCAUGUGCAUGUAGCAGCAAUACUACACGUGUAGCAGCAAUACUACACGUGUAGCAGCAAUACCAUGUGUGUGUAGCAGCAAUACCAUGUGUGCCCUGAUAAAAGGCCGAUUUACACUGCCGGCAGCAUCCAGGCCGACCAGUGCAGUCUGCCAGAGACCACGCACACCUGUGAAGCAGGCUCAACAUUCACACCGGCAAAGGUUAAACACGUUAACACACAAGUGGUAACACUUGUGCAGACCAGUAGACUCGCAUAGUGACCCAGAGGCUCUCAUGUCCACCCAAAGCCCUUCUGUAGGGGCUGAGAGAGUGGCGUCGACAUGGUGAGGCUAAGAGGUCAGUGUGCUAACACCUCCCUGGUAGCCUCCAGGAUACUUCCGGACACAUGCAGUGCAAGACGGUCCAAAUAAUUAAUAUAGAGAGAGACCCAUAGGCUCAAAGAGCCCCAUAGACUCGCCUCAAUGCCACGGGCCAUGGUCUCAUAGGACGGAGACGCCUGCAGGGUAGCCUCUGUGCCAAUUCCAGAUGUUAACGGGCAGUGUAAAAUUGUUUUUAAAAGGCCUGCUUGUUUACAGCUCAUGCAGUGUGUGUACUAUUGUUUUUCUUCAUAGAACAGGCCCGGGUUCACGGAGAACGGUUCAGGCUCCACUCAUUAAUUGUGUUUGCAAAGAUUUUAUUUUACCUGCGUGUGUGAGGGACAGGCGUGGAGUGGGGGUGAUCGCGAGAUACAUUGUGCUGAAGGGACUUGAUGGAACAGCUGAAACACACGGACUUGGAUAUUUGACCCCAUUUGCUGGUGAUCGAGACAUCGACACGUUUUAACCAAAAAUGUUACGGAAAUAAACCAAAAUGUAACAGGGGGUGGGGGGGGGGAGUUCUCUAAACACACUUAAACUGACUUGGCGACGUGGUUUCAGGAGCUCAGGUCACAUGUGAGGGCUUGAGAAUCAAAUCACAUGUAUUAAAUCUAUUUGUAGCAUGUUUGUCCUUUAGGUAACAGAUUUUUUUGGAAUAAAAAUUAUCAACAAAAAAACCCCUCCCACCUCACCUAGCAAUGUUCAUUAACAUUGCACGUCUGAAGUCUCCAAAAAUGUAACGUAUAACUUGCUACCCUUACUGUUAUCUGGGUUACACAUUAACCACGCAUGGCUUCUGCCAGUGACAUUGAGAGUACAUCAUUGCGUUGACUUAACCGGACACAGCCUGCCGAAGAGACUCGAUGUAAAAACAAGUGAUAAAAAGAGUCUGGACGUUUAAUCAAUGAAGCCGAUUUAAUUGAAGAAGAUUUGUAAUGGGCUACUUUUUAGUGGUCAAUUAGUCGGAAACUUUUAAAAUGGCUGCCGUCCCUACCGCCUGCUUCUUGAAGGCAGGAAACCCCCGAUAAGUCACACCCAGCUUGAUUUGUCGUUAUAACUUUCUGACCCGCCCCCUACUGGACAUCUGUGGAAAAGAGCUUCAUAGCUCAUCGGAUUCUUCAAGUCUAAAUAAAUAUUCUGGUGGUGCUGAUUACGUCACUGAGCAUUCAAACAUCGUGUGGGACAGCCAGGGGAAACAAAGAUCGGGGUAAUGUCCUAACAGGACGCGGAGGCGUUUGCUGCUUGUGCCGAUUAUUCCUGUGAAGGGAAAAUGCUGCUUUCUAAACUCCACAAUGUUAAUAAAUACAUACAAAUUGCAGCUUGUUUUACACCUAUCUUAGUUCAGUGUAUGCCCGGGGUUGCCAACCAUCAGGUACACAAAAACGGCACAUUUCAUUGGACGAAGAAGAAUAUCUCACCGCACCGAGAAGAGGUGAGAACUACGUGAGAAGGCACUGUCUCGAGUGGUCAAUUGUCGCGCAACUGACGGGAUACGAGACUUACAAUGUCCCGGGAACACACACAUUUACCAGGCCGGCCCACCUCAACAACAACAAGAGGACGAUCCUGAAAAAACCCAGGACAGGUGGCAACCGAAUGUGUACGUGUUAUGUAACGCUUUGCUUCGGUGGAAAUCGGUUAUGAAUGAUAAAACGCAAUGAAACACUCGA